CAAUGAAUCUGCCGUUUCCAUUUCAGUGCAAACAACAUACCAGACAAGAGCUCGGUGGAUGAAAGGUGAUGCAGCCAUGCUGAUCAGAAAAAGACAUUUUUCAGCAGCAACAAUUCUCAUGUUGCUGGCAGGAGUUCAGGCUCAGUACAGUGUAACUCUCUCCUCUCGGAAUCUCUGUGCUGUUACUGGAUCUACAGUAAAAAUCCCCUGUACAUACUCAAGUUAUUCCGCGGUCACACAGAAAGAAUGGUAUCGAGUCCAGAGCUCUGAAGGAGAAGCACCAGUCCUGAGCAAAGAUCCACAAUACUCAGGACGAGUGUCUGUAAGCACCUCGUGGUCUUCCUGUGAGCUGACACUGAGGAAUGUGAGAGUGAGUGACUCUGGAGUUUAUAACUUCAGAUUUAAAGUCACACAGAGAAGAGACUGGAUAUCAGCAUCAUCUGGAGUUCAUCUGACUGUUACAGAUCUGAAGGUUGAAGUAUCAGACAGGUACGGCCGGAACAAGAAGCUGAGCUGCAUCACCACCUGCACUCUGUCUAACAGACCCACUUACAUCUGGAACAAGAACGGACAGCAUGUUACUAACCAGGAGAGAAAAGAACUGUAUGUCGAAAGUAAGGAUGCAGGCAGCUACUCCUGUGCCGUAAAAGGACAUGAGGAGCUUCGCUCUCCUGCUGUCUGUAUUUUUGAUGAGACGAGCUGCUGGAGUGUGACUUACACCACUCAGACUAUCUGCUCUCUGAUUGGCUCAUCAGUGGACAUACACAGUUAUUACACCUUCCCUGACAAUCGCAAGGUCACAGAAGUGUUCUGGUUCAUUAAAAAGCAGGCUGAUGCUGAGGCUGUGGAUGUGAGUGAGGAUGAGGAGUAUCAGGGCCGAGUGCAGUACACACAGAGCUCCCAGAAUAACUGUAGUCUGAGAAUCACUAACCUGAGAGAGAGAGACGCUCAAACAUACAGAUUCAGAUUCUACACUGAUGAUCCUCAAGGCAGAUACACCGGCCAACCUGGAGUCUCUCUGUCUGUCACAGAUCUGAAGGUUGAAGUAUCAGACAAGUACGGCUGGAGCAAGAAGCUGAGCUGCAGCACCACCUGCACUCUGUCAAACAACCCCACUUACAUCUGGUACAAGAACGGACAGCGUGUUACUAACCAGUACAGAAAUGAAAUGUAUCUGUAUGACAGUAGUAAGGAUGCAGGCAGCUACUCCUGCGCUGUAAGAGGACAUGAGGAGCUUCGCUCUCCUGCUGUCUGUGUUUUCAGGUGUUUUUGGAGUGUGACUUAUUUCUCGCAGACUAUGUGUGCUCUGAUUGGCUCAUCAGUGGACAUACACAGUUACUACACCUUCCCUGAUCAGCUUCGCACCCCGCAGCCUGUCUGGUACAUCAUAUUCCUCUCACAGGACAGAGAACUGAGUCAUACAGAUGAGCGAGUGGAGUUUCUUAAUGAUAGACCUAACAGGAGCACACUGAGACUGAAAAAUCUAACAGAAGGGGACUCAAAAAAAUAUCAACUCCGGUUAAAAGCCCAUUACUCUAAAGAAACAGACAGCUCUGCUGGUGUCUCUCUGUCUGUCACAGGUCUGCAGGUCAAAGUGGCACCACUUGCAGUAACAGUGUCAGAUUUACAGAGCAUAACGCUGAGCUGCAUCACCACCUGCACUCUGUCUAACAGCCCCACUUAUAUCUGGUACAAUAACGGACAGCGUGUGUCUGACUGUAAAUCUGCCUCCUGCUCUGUAGCUGCAGUCAGUGGUGCGGUCAGUUACAGCUGUGCUGUUGAAGGCCAUGACAGUCUGCUCUCUCCUCCAGUGUAUUCUCCUAAAAACACCAGAGCAGUGGUUCUUUCCUCUGGAGACAAAGUGGAGGGGGAUUCAGUGACUCUGAGCUGUAGCAGUGAUGCAAACCCUCCUGUUCUCACCUACUCCUGGUUUAAGCAGAGAGCAGAUGCAGACACACUGCUGACAACAGGCCAGAAUUACAGCAUCAGCAACAUCAACUCCCAGCACAGAGGACUGUACUACUGCACUGCUCACAACCAGCUGGGACAGCACAACUCUACACCAACACGCCUGAAUGUGCUAUAUUCCCCUAAAAACACCAGCGCAGUGGUUCUUUCCUCUGGAGACACAGUGGAGGGGGAUUCAGUGACUCUGAGCUGUAGCAGUGAUGCAAACCCUCCUGUUCUCACCUACACCUGGUUUAAGCAGAGAGCAGAUGCAGACACACUGCUGACAACAGGCCAGAAUUACAGCAUCAGCAACAUCAGCUCCCAGCACAGCGGACUGUACUACUGCUCUGCUCGCAACCAGCUGGGACAUCACAACUCUACACCAACACACCUGGAUGUGCUAUACCCUCCACGAAACCUUUCUAUGACUGUCGUUCCAUCCGUGUCUGGAGACUUGGUCACACUGUUGUGCGUGAGUGACUCCAACCCCAUCAGCUCUUACACCUGGUACAGGAAAACAGAAGGAGAUGUGAUACUGAUUGGAAAUGGCACCAAUUUAACUUUAUCCUCAACAGCAGAUGGAUUUUACUACUGUACAGCAAGGAAUGGAUUUGGAUCAUCCAAUUCAUCGAAAUGGGCAUAUACAUCAGAUAACGGAGCUGUGAAAUACGCAGCUUCUGGAGUCAUUGUUACUUUGGUUCUGUCAUUCAUUGCUGUCUUUCUGUGGAGACGGAGAAGGGCAUCGGCGUUCGGUAACAGGAGUGAGGAGUACCGCGAGAACGAAACUGCUCCUGUAUAUGGUAACGUCUCAGCCACGACCUCUGACCCCACACAAACAGCCUCCUCAGAAGAUCAGGACAAUGUUCAGUACUCCAGCGUUUAUUUCAGACACUCCCACGUACAGGAAGUGCCUCUCUACUCAACUGUUCAACUGCCAAAUGCUCUCAGUCAGGAAGAGGAAGUAGAAUAUGCCACAGUGAGCCUCGUCAAAUCAAGAGCUGUUCGGGAGGAUGAAAUCUACAGCAAUAUGAAGUCCAAAGAUUAAGAAGAGACUAAACUGACCAUAAAAUUCAACAUCUCCAGCAGAUUUCCUGUGUUAAGAAAAGGUCCAGAUACUUUUUUUUUUCCUCCAAAAGAUUAUUUAUAUAAGUAAAUUAUGAAGUGAUUGUUUAGUGAUUGUUUACAUUUAAAAGCAGUGCAGUAAACACCAACCUGUAAUCAUUCCAAGUAUUAGGCAUUAUUGCUUACACGUUUUCAUUGCUUUUGUCAAUGUCAUGAUGUCUUUUCUUUCAUUUUUUAUUUUGAAUUUGAUGCUUUGUGAGGCUUUUUACGUGCUUGCAUGUUUAUGCUGUGUUGUGUGUACGAUUAUAGUAUUACUCAUUUUCAAGGUGUAUUGUAUACAUACAGACAUUUAUUUUAAUAAAAAAAAAUUAUGCAAUAAUGUCACAUAAACAA